CCAUCGGUUCAAAAAAACUUCACGUGGAAUCAUGGAGGAGGGGCAGAAGAAGGCACAUCGUAAACGGCACAGUGGACCUAAGGCAGCAAGAAAGAAGCAGCGGCGUCUGAAGGGGCUGGGUAUUGAAGAUGAAGUCGAUCCACAGAAGAGAAAUCCCAAGGCUUUCACCGUCCAGAGUGCAGUGCGUAUGGCUAAAACCUUUCACAGGGCUCAGGACUUGAAAACUAAAAAGCACCAUAUCCCUGUGGUUGACCGGACACCCUUGGAGCCCCCACCGAUCGUCGUUGUUGUCAUGGGACCCCCAAAAGUUGGAAAGAGUACACUCAUUCGAUGCCUUAUUCGAAACUUCACGAAGCAAAAGCUAACGAACAUCAGGGGCCCAGUAACUGUAAUUACAGGAAAAAAGCGCCGUAUCUCCAUCAUGGAAUGUGGGAAUGAUAUGAAUUCGAUGAUCGAUUUGGCCAAAGUGGCUGAUCUGGUUUUAAUGCUGACUGAUGCGAGCUUUGGCUUUGAGAUGGAGACAUUUGAGUUCCUGAACAUCUGUCAAGUUCAUGGCUUUCCUAAAAUCAUGGGGGUCCUCACCCAUUUAGACACCUUCAAAAACAACAAACAGCUGAAGAAGACCAAGAAAAGACUGAAGCACCGGUUCUGGACAGAGGUCUACCAGGGUGCUAAGCUGUUUUACCUCUCAGGUAUGGUUCAUGGAGAAUAUCAGAAACAGGAAAUUCACAACCUGGGCCGAUUUAUUUCUGUGAUGAAGUUCCGGCCACUGGUGUGGCAAAUGGCGCAUCCAUAUGUUUUGGCUGACAGAAUGGAAGAUCUGACCAAUCCUGAGGACAUACGCAAAAACCAAAAGUGUGACCGUAAAAUUUCAUUGUAUGGGUACCUGCGUGGGACAUACCUCAAGACCAACAGUCAGAUUCACAUUCCAGGUGUGGGUGACUUCACAUUGAAUGAAGUUGGUUUCCUUCCAGAUCCCUGCCCCCUCCCAGAGCAGCAGAAGAAACGUUCCCUGCAUGAGAAAGAAAAGCUGAUCUAUGCCCCAAUGUCUGGUGUUGGGGGUAUUGUUUAUGAUAAGGAUGCUGUGUAUAUUGAUCUUGGUGGGAGCCAUAUAGACCGUGAGGAGGAGGAAGAACAAAGGCCAAACUACGAUUUGGUGCAGAGUCUCGUCACAACACGCAGCACCAUUGAUACCAAGAUGGCAUCUAGCAAAGUCUCUCUUUUCGUGGACUCAAAGCCACUUGCAUCUGAGGAAUUGGAAGAAAAUGGGUACUCGAUGCCUAAAGAGGAGAAAGUGAUUGACUCAGAGACUGGGCGGGUGCGACGCAGAGCUGUCUUUAAAGAAGAAAUGGCUGAAAGUGGGGAAGAAGAGUCUGAUACUGAAAGUGAGGCAGAGAUUGGCAAUCAAGACCAAAUUGAUUGCGAAAGAGAAAUUUAUCCCCAACCUCUUAAAGUUUUCAAGCAAGAGGAGAAAGAGUCAGAAGCUGCUACUGAAAGACCUGCAUUUGAUGAUGCUGAUGAUUUUGAAAUAGAUUCAGAAGCAGAGGUGACUGAUGAGGAAGAUGAUUCUGAUGAUGAGGAAGAAGACUUGGCUUGUGAAUGUGAAGAAGAUUUUAUGCAAUCUAAUAAAAAAUUACAGACAUCAGUGAUUAAACAAAAUUUGGAAAGAAUGUUGGACAGCAAGCAGAAAGCUGAGAGGCUAAGCUUAAACUUGGAGAACAAUACUUCUGAUGAAAGUGAAAAUGAUUUGGACUCCACAGUAGAACAGACAGAAGAAGUAUCUGAGAUAGUGGAAAACGAGAUGCUGAGCCGAGAUUGCAGUGACAGUGAAGAACAUUAUGAAGAUUAUGAGAAAAAGACCAUGUCAAAUGUAGAAACUACAGGAUCGUUAAAGUGGAAAGAAGGACUGGCUCAGCGAGCAGCUGAUGUCUUCUUAAAGCAACAGGCAGCUCUGAACCUUCAGAAACUGGUCUAUGGAGCAGUAAAUGAAAAAGAUGAGGAGGAUCAGGAAGGUGAUGAUACGUUGGGAGGUAUCUUUCAUGUAAGCAGGCCUGACAAAGAAUCCAAAAAGAAGAACAAUAGUUUGGACUCCUCAGUAUUUCAUGUGAAAAAUCCUCAUGAUUGGGACCUGGCAGAGGUGAUGAACAGUAUCCGGGAUUGUUUUGUGACUGGAAAAUGGGAGACUGAAAAGGAUGCGAGCACUCUUCUUGACGAAGAUGAUUCUGUAUAUGGAGCAUUUGAGGAUCUGGAGACAGGAGAGGUUCAUACAGGGCAGCCUGGGGAGCUAAAACAACACCACGAGGGUGAGGAAGACGGUGAAGGAAAUAGUGAUCCCAAAAAUACAGAGGAGGAAGCGGAACGGACCAAACGUUUGGAGAAAAAGCGGAAAUUGAAAGAAAUGUUUGAUAUGGACUAUGAUGAUGGCGAAGGAACCUACUUUCAUGAUCUUAAAGAUGAAAUGCAGAAGCAGGCACAGCUUAACCGUGCAGAGUUUGAUGACCAAGAUGAUGCGACUCGAGUUCAGUAUGAAGGUUUUCGACCUGGAAUGUACAUACGGGCGGAGAUUGAGAAUGUGCCCUAUGAGUUUGUGACAAAUUUUGAUUCCUGCUAUCCAUUAAUUCUCGGUGGCUUGGGAAACAGUGAAGGAAAUAUUGGAUACCUUCAGAUGCGUUUGAAGAAACACCGAUGGCACAAGAAGAUUCUGAAGACGAGAGACCCUCUAAUCUUUUCCCUUGGCUGGAGGCGCUUUCAGACCAUCCCGAUGUAUUACAUUGAGGACCAUAAUGGACGUCACAGACUGCUCAAGUACACACCUGAGCACAUGCACUGCUCUGCAUCUAUCUGGGGUCCGAUCACUCCACAAGGCUCAGGGUUCCUCGCUAUUCAAUCUGUGGCUGGUACUUCGCAAGAUUUCAGAAUCGCAGCAACGGGCGUAGUGCUGGAUCUUGAUAAGUCUGUAACCAUUGUUAAAAAACUCAAGCUGGUGGGGUUCCCAUUCAAGAUAUACAAGAAUACAGCCUUCAUAAAGGGAAUGUUUAACUCUGCAUUGGAAGUUGCUAAAUUUGAGAGUGCUUCGCUCCGAACUGUGAGUGGACUACGUGGUCAACUGAAAAAAGCUCUUCGUACCCCAGAGGGAGGAUUCCGUGCCUCCUUUGAGGACAAAUUGCUGAUGAGUGAUAUUGUUUUCCUGAGGACGUGGUUCCCAGUUUCGGUGCCAAAGUUGUAUAACCCAGUCACAUCAUUGCUGAGACCAAGUGGUGAGAAGGAGACCUGGACUGGAAUGAGAACUGUUGGACAACUCAAACAUGAUUGGGGCAUUAAGACGAAGCCAAACAAGGAUUCCUUAUACAGGCCCAUCGAGAGGAAAAUGAAACAUUUCAAUCCCCUCCACAUCCCCAAGGCACUGCAGAGAUCCCUGCCCUUUAAAAGCAAGCCUAAAAAUCAAGAAAAACUGGCCAAGGAGACGCGGGAUAAAAAGCGCGUUGCUGUUAUCAAAAGUGCACAUGAGAAAAAGAUCUCAGCCCUGCUCACUGCUCUGAGCACAGUGAAUGCUUACAAAGUGCAGAAAGAACGUAAAAAGGAACGCCAGCAGCACAAAGAGUUUCUUGCAGAGAAACACAAACAGGAAGAGGCUAAGGUUAAAAGGCAGAAAGAAGCUCGCAAGAAGAUCCAUCGUAUAUUGGGUCAGAAGGAGAAGCGCAGAAUGAAAUCCAGCCUGAAAGGACAGAAAGAAGCCUGAUGGAUAAAACUUUACAGUUUGCAUUGGAAGGACAGUUGGCCAUGAAGAGUUGGGGGUUGAAGAGGAUUGUCAAAAUAUACUUCAGGCCAUUAUUCACAUGUAUAAAUUUUAAAUUGCAUAUUUUUAGAACUGUAGUUUAUUUGACUGCAGACAACUUGGCCUUCAUUCAGAAUUUGAUCCAGAAAGGCUAAAAUACAAUGUGAUAAACAUUUGUUCAAAGUUAAAUACUCCGUGCUCUGUGAUGCACAGUGUAUUGAUGAAUAUAGUAAAAUUUCUCAUAAUGUAA